GCAAGUGAGUUAUCUGUGGGGAAUGACGUUUGUCCCACUUUAAUAUUAUCUCCCUAAGAAUCAUGUAUGAGAUUAAAAAAAAAACCUAAAACAUUACUAAAUAACUUUAAACUCUUAAAUAAUGUCGGGAGAGACAGAUCUUCAGGAUGGGGAUGGCAAUGUCAGCAGAGUAAUCCAUGUUGGAACCAGGAAAAGCCAGCUGGCUCGCAUUCAGACAGACAGUGUUGUUGAGAAACUCAAGGAGUUACACCCCAAUGUGCGUUUUGAAAUAGUGGCUAUGUCAACAACAGGAGAUAAAAUACUAGACACCGCUUUAUCCAAAAUUGGCGAAAAAAGCCUCUUCACAAAGGAAUUGGAGAGUGCUUUGGAAAGAAAUGAGGUAGACCUGGUCGUGCACUCUUUGAAAGACUUGCCUACUGCUCUUCCUAUGGGUUUCACUAUAGGAGCUGUGCUGAAACGAGAAAACCCCCAUGAUGCCGUUGUCUUGCACCCCAAAAAUAAAGGCAAAUGUAUAGAUUCCCUCCCCAACAAGAGUGUUAUAGGUACCAGUUCUCUUCGCCGGGCUGCACAGCUGAAAAAAAGAUUUCCCCACUUGGAGUUUAAGGACAUUAGGGGUAAUCUCAACACACGUCUGAAGAAGCUGGACGAAAAGGAUGACUUUUCCGCCAUAAUUUUGGCAGCAGCAGGCCUUAAGAGAAUGGGCUGGGAGAACCGCAUUAGCCAGAUCCUCAGGCCUGACGACUGUAUGUAUGCAGUCGGACAGGGAGCACUGGCUGUUGAAGUGAGAGCUCGGGACCAAGACAUCCUGGAGAUGGUUUCGAUAUUGAAUGACUCGGACACUGUGCUGAGCUGCAUCGCAGAAAGAGCGUUUCUCAAACAUCUGGAAGGGGGUUGCAGUGUUCCAGUUGCUGUUAACAGUGCAGUUAAGAAUUCACAGCUAUACCUGACUGGAGCGGUGUAUAGUCUUGAUGGCUCAGAUAGUCUGAAGGAGACCAUGCAGACAAGCAUCAGCUCAGACAAUCAGAUUGUGGAGCAGGAGAUGGUUGAUGAGAAGGCCCAGCGUGUGGGCAUCACAGCUUUAAAGGUGUCAGGAGAUGCCCAGGAUGCUGCAUUGAAGUUAGGAGUGGACCUCGGAAAUUUGCUGCUCAGCAAAGGGGCCAAAGAUAUACUGACCAUAGCAAGACAGCUUAAUGAUGCUCGAUAGGAUUGUAGUCAUAGAUGAAUACGUACAACCCCUUUCCAGACAAUCAUGCUCUUUUCUCCUCCUAUCAUCCCAUAUGAACCUAUCAUAAACACUCCAAGUAUUUAUUUAAAAAAUGUCAAUAUCAACAACUGUUUAUUUGUCAUCCAAUAUAGAUGACCUUUAUAAUUUGUGUUUGUAUUUAGACUGCAAUAUGUUAAUAUUGCAGUCUUUGGUUAGGGUUUUUCCACAUAAAACUACUAACACAUAAAAUUGUUGUAAAUUCAGUAAUAAUGCCUAAAUAAUGACUCAGUUAUUAUUCAUAACAGCUAUUUGCCUAAGAACACUUGUAUACAUUUUAGUCUGUGAUCUUGGCAUAUAAUUGGAACAGAUCUGCAUUAUAGAGAGCUAUAUAAAUAAGUAAUUAUAUUUUGAAGCUGCUUGAAGUAUCAUCUUCAUUUUACUUUUUAUGCAACCCAUUUGCUGACUGGUUUUAUGCAUAAGUGAAUUUAUAAUAACCUGAAUUCCACUACAAAAUUAUUAUAAUUUUUUUUUUGCUUGAUGUAGUAGCUUUUGUUUUUUCACAUGCUGUAUUAAUGUGUAUAACUCUUAAGAUUUGAUGGUAUUUAGAGUGUAAAUUAGUAUGGAAAUGUUUAACCAAUCAGUUUCAUUCAAACUCGUGACUCCGGGGUGGUAGUCAGCAUCAAUACUCGCUGAACUACCCAGGCCCCCCAUGUUUCAUGCCUUAUUGAGCCUUUUAAAUCAGUUGUCAGAUCUAACUUUUUCAGUGCCUGAAAAAUCAAGAUUUUUGUGUAUAUGCAGGUGUGAUGGAGCUGUGAAUUCUAUGAGCGACUUAUACAAGCCUUAAUGCAAUGCAUAAUUUUUUUCAUUCACUCAGAUUCAAAGAAGUCAUUGCUUUCUCUAGUUGAGUAGAUUUCUUUGCCAAACUUCCUCUUGUGCCUGCAGAUGAAGUAUGUUGAAUGUUAGCCAAAAUUAAUUUGUUGUAAUAUUAUAAAACUGAUUUUUGUUCAUGGUUUAGAGCCACAUUGUAACUGAUGCCAAGCUGAUUCCAAGUGCAAAUAUAUACAUGUCAGACCUUUGAACUGUUAUAUUCCCAAAAGUAUAUUUAGUUUCAUGUAAGUAUAGUUUUGGAAAUUUCAGAUUGAUGGAUAUUUAACAGCGUGUUAAACUGAACUUAUUGAUAUUAUUAGCAUCUACAUUUAUAACAUAACAUUUUCUAAGUGUGAUGGUUUUAAGAGCAUAUAUAUAAAUUAUAAAGACCAAAUAAAUCAGGCA